AAGAGUGUUUGUCAAAUUUGCAUCAAUGCAGUCUACAAGUGCGUAAAACUAAUUACUGAAUGACGUAAAAUUUCAAAUAUACGGACAUAGCGGUUUCAACACUUGAAAUUUUUAACCAUGAGUAUACGCCAUCACCGCCACCGUCCGGACUAUGAGUUUAUCUUGCUAUUCAAUAGGGCUACCGGAAGUGACAGAAUUUACUAUUUCAUGUUAGAUCCACGUACUAAGGACAGGAUGUUUCCUAGAAUGAAUACAACGCUUUUUCAUAAACUGCGUAAUCUCCUUGGAUUCCGACCGAUUGUACUUAACGGUAUGCUAUAUAUUGUUGGUGGGAAAGACUGGGUUUCCGGUGAAAUGUCGGGAAGUACAUGGCGGUACAAUCCGGAUACAGGGAAGUGGCACGCAUGCGCACAGAUGGUUGAGCCUCGAUGUCGUUUUACCGCGAAUGUUUUAGAUGACAAAAUAUUCGUUACUGGUGGUGAAGUAAGGGGCGGCAAGGUAACCAGCACGGUCGAGUAUUAUGAUCCUGGAACGGAUACUUGGACGCCAAUCAGAAGUCUACCACGGCCUAGAGUGGAUCAUGCGAGCUGUGUAGUAGGGGGUACCAGGCUUUAUGUAUCUGGUGGUAUCUCUAAUAUAAAACACCAGUGCUCAAAUGUGUUCUGGGUAUACGACCUCCUUACUGACAGGUGGACAGAUCCGUGUCCAAAUAUUGUAUUACCACAUGAUAGAGAGAAACACCUUAUGGUGCCAGUAAAAAACAACAUUUACGUCAUGGCAGGUCGAGGGUUUGAUCAAGAGGUGUUCCAGGAGAAAGACGAGGGACAUAUUUGUAGUUAUUGUACCAAAAAUGAUGGCGAAGUCAAGAGACCAAAAGCUUUUGACGUGGAGCACCCAACUAUGUUUCAUACCCGGGUCAACCCUGGUUACAUUCAGUUAGGCAAAAACAUCUAUCUUUUUGGCGGGAAAAGUUUCCAGAAAGACCGCGAAGUAACGGAAGUUGACUAUUACAGCACUAAAACCCGGAAGUGGAAAACAGUGUUCAGUCUACCCGGAAGAUACAGUUAUGCCAAUAUAGACUGUGUAAAACUGACGGUACCGAUACAUAACAGAGAUUUUAACUUUAACGCGGUUCAGCUGUAUGAAAACUGGGUCAUGUGGUAAAUGUUUCAAACUCGAUAUGACCUAUUAAUGAAGAAAUAUAAUAUAUAUGUACUGUAUAUUUCUUUUUUUUUGUACUGGUGCCUUGGAUGCAGGAUGACACCAUAGCUUCACAGAAUCAUAUACUAUGACGUCAUAUCGAAAGAUGGCGGCACGUAUAUAUAAAUUGUAAAUUAAACAGUUUUAGCCUCUGAAAAGAACAGUGCUCAAUGUUUAAUAAAAAUGAUUAUGACAA